CAGGGGGCAUGGAGGCCAACGUAGCUACUCCAAGUACAAGUACGAAUACUUCGUGGCACGCAGACACGCAGACGCAGACUAAAGAGAAGACGUAUCGAUAAUCACGAUAUGGUAGGGCGUGGCGUCCUACCACUUACACGUCUCCUGCAGCCUCAUCAACAAUGCUGCGAAUUGUCAGCAAGCCCGCGUAGUGCAAUCAACUCGUAUCAGGCUUCCCAACUUCCCGCAAACGACGUAAAUAUCCCCCCUUCGCCUCGACUUACGGCUUGUCUCCUGACUCACGGCCCCCAAAAGUCUCUGGUCCAACCUCACUUCCUUCUGCCACGUUGCCUCCAGGCUCCAGCUGUCAAAAGAAUUUCCCACACCUUCGCGGCGUUUCUAUUGUGCCCCAAAACAUGCACACCCAUCGCCGUCCUCCGAUCUGGACGGACAAAUUCAAGGCCAUUAGCGUCAUGGCGCCGCUUACCCUUGAACAGAGGCCGCCAUUCAUCAAGACCUCAUUUCACUUCCCAUGCCAGUCAUCAUGGCUGGACUAUCGUCCUGCCGCCACCUCCCUCGGGGAACUCAAGCCGUCGCAACAAGGGUGUUAACCUCGACCGUCUCUACUCGUCCAGCGUGUUUGUGCUACCAGGUGUCUACGCGCUUCCAUGCGAAUGGUCUGUUUUAGCCUGCCGGCCUCGGCCCAAGCUUCCGCUAUUAUACGCACGGAUGGGGGAUUGACGUCCAGAGUACGAAAUGCUCACCACACUCCUGUUGCAUCUUACCGGUCCCCAAUGCAGCUUACCUGACCACUAGGAACUCUUGGUUGUCAUACCGAGUUGCGGUGUGCAGCUACGCCUCGGUCUCUGGUAACUGACUGGCCGACAGUGUCUGCUGUGGUCGCGGCUCAGUGCCCAUCCGACGCUGCCAGGCUACCCUCGGACACAAGACUUGCUUCCAAAAGCGGUGUGCACAGAUAUCUCUUCAUCUUACCGCCAAUAUUGCGUCAGAAACCCU